AUAAACCCCCUCUUCUUCCUCUUAUCUUCCCUCCUCCUCCUUCCCUUCUGCUUCCCUCCCAUGGCUGAACCAGAAUCCGAACCCACCACCACCCACCACCUCACAAUCCCACCCGGUUUAACCCAAGACGAGUUCCAUGAGUUAACCCCGAGUAUAACUCAGUACCACACCUACACUUUAGGUCAAGGCAAAUGCUCUUCUUUAUUAGCUCAACGUAUCAACUCACCAAGCGACCUCGUUUGGUCGAUCGUCCGCCGUUUCGAUAAACCACAAACGUAUAAGCACUUCAUAAAAAGCUGUGCCGUCAAAGACAAUUUCCAAAUGGUCGUGGGUUGCACGCGUGACGUCAACGUGAUCUCCGGUUUACCGGCAGCCACAAGCACCGAACGUCUCGAUAUCUUAAACGAUAACGAAAAGGUAACUGGGUUUAGCAUCAUCGGCGGUGAACAUAGGUUGACAAAUUACCGGUCGGUGACGACGGUACAUGGGUUUGAACGUGAUGGGAAGAUCUGGACCGUUGUUCUGGAAUCAUAUGUGGUUGAUGUACCUGAAGGGAAUACGGAAGAAGAUACACGGUUGUUUGCUGAUACGGUUGUGAGACUUAAUUUGCAGAAAUUGGCUAGCGUCGCUGAAGGGUUGGCGCGUGAUGGCGAUUGUAAUAAAUCACAGGGUUUAAUUACUUCAGUCCCUGUACUUUUCAGACUUUUGGAAUUAAGUGCUUCUGCUUUUCUUUUAGUUACAAGAGUUUAAUCAUUAAUGAAGAUCCCAACAGGCUUAUGUUAAGCCUACGAAUCAUUAAUCA